AUGGGAGACAUGGCCAACAGCUCAGUGGAUUUCUACCCCAAAAGCCAGCGGAGAGAGCUGAAUCAUGCAGGAGGCUUUGGGUGCACCCUGUCCGAGCUGCGCUCUCUCAUGGAGCUGCGUGGGGCUGAGGCAAUCCAGAAAGUCCAGGAGACCUACACAGAUGUCAACGGGCUCUGCCGGAGACUCAAGACCUCCCCCACCGAAGGGCUCUCAGAUAAUGCAACCGACCUGGAAAAGAGAAGGCAAAUCUAUGGACAGAACUUCAUCCCCCCCAAGAAGCCCAAGACCUUCUUGCAGUUAGUAUGGGAGGCACUCCAGGAUGUGACGCUGAUCAUUCUGGAAAUCGCAGCCAUCAUCUCCCUGGGCCUGUCUUUUUACGCCCCACCAGGCGAGCAGAGUGAAGCCUGUGGAAAUGUAGCAGCUGGCGCAGAGGACGAGGGCGAGUCUGAAGCUGGGUGGAUCGAGGGCGCAGCCAUCCUGCUUUCGGUGAUCUGUGUGGUGCUGGUCACGGCUUUCAAUGACUGGAGCAAAGAGAAGCAGUUCCGAGGUCUGCAGAGCCGCAUUGAGCAGGAGCAGAAAUUCACGGUCAUCCGCAACGGGCAGCAGGCCCAGAUCCCCGUGGCUGAACUGGUGGUGGGGGAUAUUGCCCAAGUCAAAUAUGGUGACCUGCUUCCAGCAGACGGGGUGCUCAUCCAGGGGAAUGAUCUCAAGAUUGAUGAGAGCUCCUUGACGGGGGAAUCAGAUCAUGUGCGCAAGUCCGCAGACAAGGAUCCUAUGCUCCUGUCAGGUACUCACGUCAUGGAAGGCUCUGGGCGGAUGGUUGUCACAGCUGUUGGGGUCAACUCACAGACAGGGAUUAUCUUCACUUUGCUGGGUGCCGGUGGGGAAGAGGAAGAAAAGAAAGAUAAGAAAGGGAAGCAGCAGGAUGGGGCAGUGGAGAAUAAUCAGAACAAAGCCAAAAAGCAGGAUGGGGCAGUCGCCAUGGAGAUGCAGCCGCUGAAAAGUGCUGAGGGUGGUGAGAUGGAGGAGCGGGAGAAGAAGAAAGCCAGCGUGCCCAAAAAAGAGAAAUCAGUUCUGCAGGGGAAGCUCACCAAACUAGCUGUGCAAAUUGGGAAAGCAGGCCUGGUGAUGUCAGCCAUCACUGUUAUCAUCUUAGUCCUGUACUUCGUCAUCCAGACAUUUGUUAUUGACGGGAAGACGUGGGCUGCUGAGUGCACUCCUGUUUACGUGCAAUAUUUUGUCAAGUUCUUCAUCAUUGGCGUCACAGUCCUGGUGGUUGCUGUACCUGAAGGCCUGCCAUUGGCUGUCACUAUCUCCUUAGCCUACUCCGUGAAGAAAAUGAUGAAGGAUAACAAUCUGGUUCGCCACCUGGACGCCUGUGAGACGAUGGGCAACGCCACAGCCAUCUGCUCCGACAAGACGGGCACACUCACCACCAACCGCAUGACUGUUGUGCAGACCUACAUGGGCGACACUCAUUACAAGGAGACCCCCGACCCCAGCAACCUCACCCCCAAGACGCUGGACCUGCUGGUGCACGCCAUCGCCAUCAACAGUGCCUACACCACCAAGAUACUACCUCCAGAGAAAGAAGGCGGCCUGCCCCGCCAGGUAGGCAACAAGACGGAGUGUGCGCUGCUGGGCUUUGUGGUCGACCUGCGACGCGACUACCAGCUGGUGCGUGACCAGACCCCUGAGGAGAAGCUCUACAAGGUCUACACCUUUAAUUCUGUCCGCAAGUCCAUGAGCACCGUCACGUGCAUGCCUGAUGGUGGCUACCGCCUCUUCAGCAAAGGUGCCUCUGAGAUCGUCCUUAAAAAGUGCACAAACAUUCUAAAUAGCAAUGGGGAGCUGCGCAGUUUCCGGCCCCGGGACCGAGAUGAAAUGGUAAAGAAAGUGAUUGAGCCGAUGGCAUGUGAUGGGCUGCGAACCAUCUGCAUAGCCUACCGUGACUUCCCAGCGGGCAAAGAGCCAGAAUGGGACAACGAGAAUGAGAUUGUGAUAGACUUGACCUGCAUUGCUGUGGUAGGGAUUGAGGACCCUGUGCGGCCGGAGGUGCCAGAGGCCAUCAACAAAUGCCAACGUGCUGGCAUCACGGUCCGCAUGGUGACAGGGGACAACAUCAACACAGCCCGGGCCAUUGCUGCCAAGUGCGGCAUCAUCCAGCCAGGGGAAGAUUUCUUGUGCCUGGAGGGGAAGGAGUUCAACCGGCGGAUCCGCAAUGAAAAGGGAGAGAUUGAACAAGAGCGCCUUGAUAAAAUCUGGCCCAAACUGCGGGUUCUGGCUCGAUCUUCACCCACUGACAAACACACCUUGGUGAAAGGUAUUAUUGACAGCACUAUUGGAGACCAGCGCCAAGUGGUUGCCGUCACUGGGGACGGGACCAACGAUGGACCAGCGCUCAAAAAGGCCGAUGUGGGCUUUGCCAUGGGCAUCGCAGGCACCGAUGUGGCGAAAGAGGCCUCUGACAUCAUCCUGACCGACGACAACUUCUCCAGCAUCGUCAAGGCAGUGAUGUGGGGCCGCAAUGUUUACGACAGCAUCUCCAAAUUCCUGCAGUUCCAGCUGACAGUCAACGUGGUGGCAGUCAUCGUGGCCUUCACUGGUGCCUGCAUCACACAGGAUUCUCCACUCAAGGCAGUGCAGAUGCUGUGGGUGAACCUGAUUAUGGACACCUUUGCCUCCCUGGCUCUCGCCACUGAGCCCCCCACAGAGGCCCUGCUGCUGCGCAAGCCGUAUGGACGCAACAAGCCCCUCAUCUCCCGCACCAUGAUGAAGAAUAUUUUGGGCCAUGCUGUGUACCAGCUCACAAUCAUCUUCACCCUCCUCUUUGUGGGAGAGGUUUUCUUCGACAUCGACAGCGGCCGCAACGCGCCCCUGCACUCCCCGUCUUCGGAGCACUACACCAUCAUCUUCAAUACCUUUGUCAUGAUGCAGCUCUUCAAUGAGAUUAAUGCCCGCAAAAUCCAUGGCGAGCGCAAUGUCUUUGAUGGCAUUUUUGGCAAUCCCAUCUUCUGCACCAUUGUGCUGGGCACCUUUGGCAUACAGAUAGUGAUUGUGCAGUUUGGGGGAAAGCCGUUCAGCUGUUCCCCUCUGAAUGCGGAACAAUGGCUCUGGUGUCUCUUUGUGGGCGUUGGGGAACUUGUAUGGGGACAGGUCAUUGCCAGCAUCCCCACAAGCCAACUCAAGUGCUUGAAGGAGGCGGGGCACGGCCCUGGCAAAGAUGAAAUCACUGAUGAAGAGAUGGCCGAGGACGAGGAGGAAAUUGACCACGCUGAACGGGAGUUGCGCCGUGGCCAGAUCCUUUGGUUCCGGGGCCUUAAUCGCAUCCAGACACAGAUGGAGGUAGUUAGCACCUUCAAGAGAAGUGGCUCCUUUCAGGGGGCUGUCCGACGCCGCUCUUCCGUCCUCAGCCAACUGCACGAUGUAACCAAUAUUUCUACCCCCACUCACAUCCGCGUAGUGAAAGCGUUCCGUAGCUCCCUCUACGAAGGGCUGGAAAAGCCAGAUACGAAGACCUCCAUCCAUAACUUCAUGACGACGCCCGAGUUCUUGAUCAACGACUACAUACACAACAUCCCCCUCAUUGACGAUACCGACGUGGAGGAGAGCGAGGCCCCCCCAAGACGGCGCUUCCGGGCUAGCCCCCCACAAUCCCCCAACAAGAACAACAAUGCCAUUGACAGCGGCAUCUACCUAAGCACCGAUGUCAGCAAGACACCUACCUCCUCGUCCAGCCCAGUGAGCCCACUCCACAGCAUGGAAACGUCCCUUUAA